AUGACUUUUCUUUCUUUCUUUUAUCUUUUAUAUAUGACUUCUUUCCUACACUCUUUUCCUUUUCUUUCUAACAUUUUCUGUCUUUGUUUUUCUCCUCCUCUCCCUCCUCCUCCUCUUUCUUCUUCUUCUUCUUCUUCUUCUUCUUCUUCUUCUUCUUCUUCUUCAUUUUUUUACUUUCCCCAUCACCAGUCCCACUGUAUUUUUUCUUCUUUCCGUGUUUUCUUUCUGUCUAUUAUUAAAAAAACGCCACCGCUUUCUUUCUGUCUUUCUAUCUUUCUUUCUUUUUUUGAGUUCUUUCUUUCUCUGAGUUCUUUCUUUCAUUCUUUCUUUCUUUCUUUGAGUUCUUUCUUUCAUUCUUUCUUUCUUUCUUUCUUUCUUUCUUUCUUUGAAGUCCUUUCUUUCAUUCUUUCUUUCUUUCUUUCUUAUUUCUACUUACUACCUUCUUUCUUUCUUCUUUUCUUCGUUCAUGCGAAUUCUUUCUUUUUUCUUUUCCUUUUCUUCCUUUCUGUCUUUUUUUUGUUUUUUUUUUCUUUCUUUCUUUCUUUCUUUCUUUCUUUCUUUCUUUUUCUUUUCUUCGUUCAUGCGAAUUCUUUCUUUUUUUCUUUUCCUUUUCUUCCUUUCUGUCUUUUUUCUGUUUCUUUUCUUUUUUUUCUUUCUUUCUUUCUUCUUUUCUUCGUUCAUGCGAAUUCUUUCUUUUUUCUUUUCCUUUUCUUCCUUUCUGUCUUUUUGUCUUUUUUCUGUUUCUUUUCUUUCUUUCUUUCUUUCUUUCUUUCUUUCUUUCUUUUCUUCGGUCAUUCGAAUUUUUUUUUUUUUUUUUCCUUUUCUUCCUUUUCUGUCUUUUUGUCUUUUUUUCUGUUUCUUUUCUUUCUUUCUUUCUUUCUUUCUUUCUUUCUUUCUUUUUUCUUCGUUCAUGCGAAUUCUUUCUUUUUUUUUCCAUUUCUUCCUUUCUGUCUUUUCUGUCUUUUUUCUGUUUCUUUCUUUCUUUCUUUCUUUCUUUCUUUCUUUCUUUCUUUCUUUCUUUCUUUCAUUUUUUCUUUCUUUCUUUUCCCCACUUAUUUGCCUAAUCACUUGUCACUGUUUCUUUUUUUUUUUAAAAUCUAUCUAUCUAUUCUAUCAUCUAUCUAUCUAUCUAUCUAUGUGUUUUUUUUUAUAUUUUCUUUUUCCCUUCUUUCUUUUCCCACGUCUGGGUUAAACCUUUCCGCAUGGAUCGUUUUCUUUCUUUCUUUCUUUCUUUCUUUCUUUCUUUCUUUCUUAGAGCUUUUUGAUAACGAAGUUUGCGGUCUGAAAGAGAGCAAGGACAAAAAUAGGAGUGUUUUUACGUUCAUAUUGAUCAAUAGUCUGUCCUUUUAUAUCUAUCUAUCUAUCUAUCUAUCCUCAACUGAUUACUUAGUGCUCCCUUUAAUGAUCUAUCUAUCUAUCCUCAACUGUGCUCCCUUUAAUGAUCUAUCUAUCUAUCCUCAACUGGUAAACACGUUUAUGUACUUAUAA